GCAUAAUUACCAUGUCGUUUCUGCCGAGUUCAUUCAACAACUUAGAAGAAUAUACCGGCAGUCUUAUUAACUUUAUCAAUUCACCGAUAAUUCGCCAAAUUAGCGGAGGGAUCCAUGUCAAUGACGCGAUAAUACACGAUGCCUGGGGGGCCUUGCCUCAAGAAUGGACGGCCUGGUGGGACUCACUCCCCGAUCACCGCAUGGCCCAACAAGACCUCAUAGAAAGCAUUGAUGAGGGGGCAGAAUCAAUAUCCCAAGACCGAAUCGAAAAUGGGGAGGAGUUUCUGCCUGUACAAACCCGACCGAAGUCCUUGACUGAAUGGCUGCAAACACUCAAAUCUCUCUCGCUUUCACGGACUCAGCGGCCAGGCCCCAAAGUCGAAUUGCCACAAACGCUCAAGAUCCGGAUGAAUACGAAGAAGAUAGCCGAAGUCUCGACUGCUGCAGCAUACAUCGGAAACGUCUGCCAAGCCAACAACAUCACUCACGUCAUCGACAUGGGGUCUGGACAAGGGUACCUCUCCAACUCGCUGGUUUUCCUCUUCCCGUCUCUCCGAGUCCUCGCCAUUGACGGCAGCGAGUCUCAGAUUGCUGGCUCCAAAGCUUUCGCCGCUUCCUUGGGCAUUUCUGAGGACAGGCUUAGCCACUUGGUUCUCUACAUUGACGGCGAUGCCUCACUCAUAGGCGAGAUGGAAGCAUGGGCCCGUGGAGAAAAGUGCAUGCUGGUUGGGCUCCAUGCCUGCGGACAGUUGUCGGAGCACAUGCUCAGAUAUUUCGCGGCUGCGCCAUCCAUCACAUCGCUAGGAGCAGUUGGGUGUUGCUACAACCACAUAAUCCCCCGCUCAGUCACUUGCCCGGAUGGAUUCCCAAUCAGCGCCCGGUUAAGAAGCAUGGACGUGACCCUCAGUCCCACGGCGCUGAUGACUGGGUGCCAGGCGCCGAAUAACUGGCAAAGAGCAGAUCUGACCGGAGAUGAAUCUAUUUACACCAAGAGACGCUUUUAUCGGACCCUUUUAGAGAAACUGUUUUUUGACAAGGGGAUAGUGCUCGACUCAGAAGACAGACCUGUCUGGGGCACCCAAAAAGGGGAUCUCAUUAGCUUUGAGAAGUUUGCGACUCGAGCCAUGCAAAGUCUCGGUAUCGACCCAGAGAAAAUAUCAGCAGCGGAGAUGCUGGAAUAUGAAAGGCGGUAUGAAGACCACAAGGGAAAAGUUGCCAUCUUAUGGACACUCAGCAUAUUAUGUUGCAAGAUCGUUGAGAGCGUGAUCGCGCUAGAUCGGUACUGGUUUCUCGUUGAGCAAGGGGCGGCUGAUGUAGAUGUCGUGGCAAUAUUCGAUUACAAGAUUUCACCGAGAAACUUGAUGAUAGUAGCCAAGAAAUGAAAUGAACAAG